UACGUUAUCACGUUACAGUUAAAUAUGAUCUGGACAGUCAGUGCGCCGUUUCUUUUGUACAAAUGUAUUUAUUGUAUUUUAAUCACUGAAUUUGAAUCCAAUUUCUUACGUUGCUGUGCUGUACACUUCACAUAAAUCAUAUUAACUGUGAGACUGAAACACACCAAUGCCUACAACUCCUUGUUCAAAGUAUUUCAUAGAUAAAUAAUAGAAUGGAUAUUUAAUUUGAGUGUAAAAACACUUUAAUUGCAGAAUGCAGAUAAGUGACUGGCUUGUUGGCAAUGUUAUUGAUAUCUAAUCAACUACUCGCAUUUCUUACACAUCUUACGAAAUGUCGUCGUCGAAGAUAAAUUGGUCAGAAUUAUUUCCGACCCCUUUUAGUGCGUUUAUAUUCGUCUUAUAUAUAGCUUUAUUCGUAAAUCAAGGUAUUUUGGUUACUGCAUCACAGAAAGAAGGGAGCAAAUAUGAAUAUGACAUCGUUACUGUUGUUCUUUUAACAGAAUUUUUGAAACUGUUGACUUCUAUAAUCUUGUAUUGUAGAGAACACACGUUUAGCUCAUUAGUGCAGGACAGUGUCAAAAGCAGAAAAGUUCUCUAUUUGUAUUUCGUGCCAGCAUUUCUCUAUUGCCUUUAUAAUAAUUUGGCAUUUGUUAACUUGGCCACGUUUGAUCCGACAACGUAUUAUUUGUUACUGCAAUUCAGAGUGGUUGCCACUGCAGUUUUGUUUCAAGUGAUAUUCAAGAAACAGUUGAGCAGAAAACAAUGGCUCUCAUUAAUACUCCUUACAACAGGGUGUAUGCUUAAAGGGUGGAACUUCACAGUUCAAGAUCAAUCGGAUACCAAAGAUAAAAAUGCGGCACAUACAAAGUCGACAAGUAUCACCUUAGACAUUAAUGCCAUUUUAAUUUUUGUGCAACUGAUGUGUUCGUGCUUAGCGGGCGUUUAUAACGAAUACCUCCUAAAAAAACCUGGAGCAGACACUCACAUUUUCAUUCAAAAUGUGUUUAUGUAUUUAGAUUCCAUACUUUGUAAUGUAUUCUUGCUUAUAUUACAAGGGAACUUAAGCUCAUUUUCGAUAGAAAAUAUGGGAAAAAUAUUUCAUUAUAAAGUAAUAUUAAUAAUGAUAAAUAACACAGCAGCGGGGAUAGUUACCAGUUUUUUUCUGAAAAACAUGAACUCCAUUUUGAAAACAUUUGCAGCCGCCCUCGAAUUGAUAUUCACCGCGGUCCUUAGCUACGUAUUAUUUAGCAUACCUAUAUAUCUAAAUACGAUCUUAGCUAUAUCGGUGGUGCUAUUUUCGAUUUACUUGUACUCCCAAAACCCUGUUUCAAACACAAAGACAACUAAAACUUCACCGGAGGAAAAAGAAACACUGCUUGAAGAUGUAUGACACACAUUUAGUCGAAAAUUUUACGUAUAAAAAAAAAUAUUUAUUGAGAAUUUGCACCUUGGAUUGCGCUUGUUUUAUACUGUCACGCUAACGAAAGCCAUUGUUACUUAAUAUUUAACCAACUUAGGAGUGAUAUUUUUUAUUGGAAAUUAAACAGAUAGUCUGUG